AUGUGUUCAUUCCCGGUUGGAACUGCUCCGCUUUUGACAACAGAUUCUACAUUUGUCCCACCCAUCACAGGCAAGGGUCCUCCAUUCAGACACUUGUUGUCCACGAAUGAGACGCCGCGACUUUUCAUGCUCAUUGAUCAAGAUUCUCUACCGUCAUUCUCCUCAGACCCUCUGACACUGCUUCCCGAGUGCUCGCACUUGACGAGCUUUGAUUCGAUACCAUCUACCCCUCUGCCCACGCCGGUCUUGCUCAGUCUUGACAUGGCCAAGCAGCAGGCUCUUCACCCUCAAUUUAAAGAGGUUCAUCUUGACACAGUUGGGCGAUACAUAUGCAAUGUCGGAUUUCCUACUUUUCAACUUGAUGACCCCGACCAGUCUUCCGAAGACGUCUUUAUCCGUUGCAAAACAACGGAUAAAAAGAUAAUCAACGUGAAUUAUACGAAGGGCCAGGAAGAUCACCAUCCGCAGUCCCCAUAUCCCAGCUCCGGAGAUACGGUCCUGUCUUGCUGGGAAGCUGGUUCUCAGUUUUCCUAUCAUGGGUGCAACCUGGAAGCAUUCGACCCCAUCUCUUGCCAACGGUGCCAAAGGGGAUCCUUGUCGAUUCCGGAUCGUGAGCAAGAUGCAGUUGUGCGACAGCAUGUGGGGCAAUGUUAUGCAGCUCAACGGAUACGGAAUAGCUGUUACGCACCGCGCGUCGGCAAUAAAGUCUUGACGCCGGACCUAUUAGAUAUACCCCAGGUUAAGGUAAAAGAAGUUGAGGACCUGGAGAAGGUUAUGGGAAGAGAUGGGUUAGUAACAGGAGAUCUGGAUGAGGACGAACGAAGAGCGUUUUUGAGUGAUCCCAGUGGAGCUCGAGGAGAGCAACCAUCCGUACUGGAGAAGAGGAGAGGAGAUGAGAUGAGAUUGAGAUAACGAGUUGGAGGCGUGGGAGCGCCGAAUGCAAA